UGUAAGUAACCUGGAACCCAUACUGUCCUAUAAUAUAUGCACUGUAGUUUGAUCCCUUGACCUUUGGCGUCCCAGAACAAUAUUGACGUUGGUCACUCCUAUUCUGUCUCAAGCAGCGGCCCAUAAUGGCCCAGCCUACCGCGCAACACCGUAUGGACGUGCUGGCGCGACAGCUGGCACAGGCUGAGCGUGAUGGGCUGCAGCUGGUCUCAACAGCUGGCCAACACCAUGCAUGCCAGCCAGAGGCACCCAUCUUCAGCAUUGCUCUGCCGGAGAAGCUGACCCCUGAUGGUCCUUGGACCGUCCACAGGUCCGCCUCCUCUCCCUUCCAGCUGGUGUCCGCCUACCCGCCCCCGGCCGACCACGUUCGUACGCUGCACGACAACCUAGAGUACGCCGCAUCCAAGUACCCGCACAUGCCGUACCUAGGCACGCGGAAGCGCGACGACAAGGGCCGGCCGGGGCCGUACACGUGGAUGACGUACGCGCAGGCCAGCGACGUGCGCACCGCCCUGGGGUCGGGGCUGCUGCAGAUGGGCAUCUCGCCCAAGGCGGGGGUGGGCAUCUACUCGGUCAACUGCAAGGAGUGGCUCCUGUUCGACUCCGCGCUGCACGCCUACUCGCUGGUGAGUGUGCCGCUGUACGACACGCUGGGUCCCGACGCGGUGGAGUUCAUCGCCAACCACGCGGAGCUGGCGGCGGUGGGGGUGAGCGCGGCGGUGCUGCCCACCCUGCUGACCUGCCUGCCCAGGUGCCCAUCCAUCAGGCUGCUGGUUGUGUGGGGCUCGCCCUCCCCCUCCGAGCCCCUGCCCGAGCCCCCCGCCGGCUGCAACUGCCACAUCGUGUCUCUGGAGGCGCUGGAGCAGCUGGGCCGCCGCCACCCGCGCGCGCACCUGCCGCCCAAGCCCUCGGACACCGCCACCCUCUGCUACACCAGCGGGACCACCGGACAGCCCAAGGGCGCCAUCUUGACGCACGCCAACCUGGUCGCCAACGCCGCCGGCACCUCCACCCUACUGCCCGACACCACCCCGGGGGACCGGCACCUGAGCUACCUGCCGCUGGCGCACAUCUACGAGCGAAUCAACAUGGUGCUGCUGACGUAUCUGGGUGCGGCCAUCGGGUUCUAUUCAGGGAACGUGCAGGAGCUGCUGGACGAUGUAUUGGCGCUCAAGCCCCAGAUCUUCUGCUCCGUACCCCGCCUGUGGAACCGCAUCUACGACCGGGUCAUGCUCACGGUGCAGGGCGGCUCGCCACUGGCGCGAAGCCUGUUUGACCGCGCCUACGCGCACAAGAAGGCCGCGCUGGCCCGCGGCGACCCGGUGGGCGGGCGGUGGGGGCGGCUGUACGACAAGCUGGUGUUCAGCAAGAUCCGCGCCAAGCUGGGGGGCGAGCUCAAGUACAUGAUCUCGGGCGCCUCCCCCAUCAGCGAGGAAGUGAUGUCCUUCCUGCGCAUCUGCUUCGGCGCCACGGUGAUGGAGGGGUACGGCAUGACGGAGGCGGCCUGCACCAUCUCCACCACCCGCGCGGAGGACCUCACCACCGGCCACGUGGGCGCACCCAACCCCGCGGUGGAGGUGAAGCUGGUGGACCUGCCGGAGAUGGGAUACACCAGCAGGGACAGCCCCUACCCGCGCGGCGAGAUCUGCGUGCGCGGUCCCUCCAUCUUCUCCGGCUACUACAAGGACGAGGCGCAGACGCGGGAGGUGCUGGACGAGGACGGCUGGCUGCACACAGGCGAUGUGGGUGCCUGGCUGGAGGGCGGGCGGCUGAAGAUCAUCGACCGCAAGAAGAACAUCUUCAAGCUGGCGCAGGGGGAGUACAUCGCACCCGAGAAGAUCGAGAACACCUACACCAGGAGCCCCAUGGUGCUGCAGGCGUUUGUGUACGGCGACUCGUUCCGCUCGCAGCUGGUUGCGGUGGUGGUGCCGGACCCGGAGGUGCUGCUGCCGUGGGCGCGGGAGCGGGCCAUUGCGGGGGAGCUGCCGGAGCUGUGCCGUAACCCGCACGUGGUGGAGGCGGUGUUUCGGAGCAUGCAGGAGCAGGCGAGGGAGGCGCAGCUGCGAGGGUUUGAGCAGGUCCACUCCGUGCACCUGCACCCCGAGCCCUUCAGCGUGGAGAAUGGCCUGCUCACACCCACAUUCAAGCUGAAGCGCCCGCAGGCCAAGGCUCGCUUCCAGGACGAGCUGGAUGCCAUGUACUCCCAGCUGCCCGCAUCCGCGUGAUGAAGCUCUGGCCUGCCGCGUCUGCGUGAUGAGGCGCUUCUGCUUCCGCGUGAUAAGGACGUUUUGCUCGCGUGGGGAUCUGCCUCCUCCGCGUGAAGCAGCAGCAGCUUGAGGUAGGAGGAGGAGGAGGAGGAGGAGGAAGAGUGGGCAGAGCGGAUUAGUAGGGGUUGACAGACUGCGGGAUUGACAGGCUGAGCGUUGGUAGGAGGGGGUUGAGGUAGUGGUAGGGCAGGAGCAUGGAAACAAUCAUGACGCAUGGGGAGGAUGAUGAUGCUGUUGAAGAGGAGGAGGAAGGUGCAUGCGAUGGGGUCGAAGCAGCUGCAUGGUCGUGUGGGGGCCAUGCGCUUUCCGUGUCUGGGGCACAUUGCGGGCACCAGAUGCCGCAUACCUAAUGCACCAGCUUUAGGGGGAAAGGGCUCAUGGGGCAGAGCCUCAACAGCAGUACGGCACCCUCGCAAUAGCAGAGGCCGCUGGGGAAGCGGAGAUUUGAAAGGACGGGGCAGUGGGCUUAGCAGGGAAGACGAGGCCGGGAGUUUGUGGAGGAGUAUUGGAGGAGGAGGGUUCGGUGGAGGCGAGGCGGGGUAGCAUUGGUCGGCUUGUAACGGGGGUUCAAUGAUAACGUGGGGGGGGCAGGGAGGACGUAUGAUGGGCAGACGUUAGAAGGCAGUAGCGAUGUGGUGUGAGGGGUUAGUUGUGUAGGGUGUCGAGUAGCGUCGCUUGAUUAGGACAGAAGGCUAAGGCGUCGGAAAGCAAAGAUGUGCUUUGUUCUGCGCUGUACAGUAAUCUGCGAGAGGGCCGAUUCGCAAACAUUCGCAUUUAUCGACGUUCCGGAAGCUGCUCGAUUCCUCGACUGACAGCAUUGCAUGGGGCUGCUAUGUACCCUGAAUGUUAGAUCCAGCGAGGGAAAGUGUGGGGGUGUGUGGGGCUGUGUGGGCGUGGUUACUUGUGUGGGCGGCAACCGUUCGGCAGGCUUUCUAGGUGAAGAAGAUUAAGGCAGGGACCUGCGGCUGUAACAUAGGCUUAAACAA